AUGGCGGCGAUGGUCGACAACUUCGCGGAGUUCGUUAACUAUCUGGAGCGUCAUGAGGAACUAAUGCGUGGGGCAGCCUUUUCAUACGCGUCACCGGCACGGCGAGUGCUCAGGGAUCGCUUGAAUCCCAUGGAAGUGUACGACGACUACGAGUUUUUGUGCCGUUAUCGAUUUACAAAAAGGACCGUGCAGCAGCUGCUCGAUAGGCUGCCUCUGCGGGAGAACACCGAUGGACGUGGGUUCCCUGUGCCGCCUCUCCUGCAGCUGCUCAUCACACUGCGCUUCUAUGGAGCCGGCACGUUCCAAAUUGUGACCGGCGACCUAGUGAAUGUUUCACAGCCGACAGUGUCACGGGUAAUCGAACGCGUAUCGACUAUGAUCGCCAGAAGCCUAUUUCCUGUGCUUGUGCAAUUUCCCGCCGCUUCAAAAAUGAGCGGUGUAAUGCAAGAUUUCUAUAGAAUAGGCAAGUUUCCCGGUGUGAGUGGGUGCAUUGAUUGCACCCAUGUGCCAAUUAAGAGCCCCGGUGGUGACCACGCCGAGGUGUACCGCAACCGGAAAGGAUACUUUUCGAUAAAUGUUCAGAUGAGUGCUCGUUACAAAUAUUGCAGUGGUGGUUUGAUACGCAAACAGAAGCGGUACAUAAUGCAGCUCGUAGGAAUCACGGGGCCCGACCUACAAUUAUAUGAUGUAGUGGCUAGCUGGCCAGGGUCUGCCCACGAUAGCAGAAUUUUCGACAGCAGCCGCGCCAGAGUGCUGUACGAGACGGGUGCCAUCCCCGGUAUUCUUCUCGGAGACAUGGGCUAUGCCUGCAGGUCAUAUCUGAUGACUCCUCUCAACGAUCCUGCCCAAGGCACCCCAGACUACAGGCAAGAUAGUUUUUAA